AUGAGUCGUAAGCUUAUUUUCAUUGGCUUUUUUGGACAUUCCUACUGUGUAUCGAGGCCUUCCAGCAUUGUAAGCCAUUGGUUAGUGUCGACAACACCCACUUGUACGGCAAAUACGGGGGGUACACUGCUCGUUGCGAUUGCUCAGGAUAGUAAUUCCAAUAUCAUUCUUGUUGCAUUCGCACUUGUGGAGGAUGAGAAUACAAAUUCAUGGUCAUUCUUCCUAUCUCACCUUCGGCAACACGUAACGCCUCAGUCAAGUAUUCUAGUCAUAUCGGAUAGACACAAUGGGAUCAAGGUUGCAUUGGAGGCCUCUAAUGAGAGUUGGCUUCCACCUAAUGCAUACCAAGCAUUUUGUAUACAACACGUGGCGGUAAAUUUUGCCCUGAGUUUUGAGGGCAAGGAUGCACAGAGGUUUCUAGUGAAUGUUGCUUAUGCGAAGACUGAGGUCGAGUUUGACUAUUGGUUUGACAUCCUCCGAUCCAAAGACCCUACAAUGGGGGUAAGGAACCUUCCAGUUUGUUCGUUGGUGAAGUCCACCUAUAGGAGAUUGGUAGAGCUAUUUGUUCGCAAAGGAAGAGAAGCAAAGGCACAGCUAGGAACUAGGCAUCAGUUUAGUCAGCAUCUGAUGAUGGCAAUACAAACUAAUCUGAAGGCCUCAAGGUGUUUCACGAUGACUUUGUACAACAGGGAUAAUUCUGAGUUCACUGUAGCCGAGACCACUCCGUUAGGGAGCUUCUCACUUGGCUCUUACAGAGUGUCCCUCAGAGACCAGACCUGUGAUUGUAGAUAUUUUCAGGCACUUCAUUAUCCAUGUCGCCUAUGCCUUAGCGUGCUGUUCAUAAUCACGUCUGGAUUGGGAACCUAUGUUCAUGAAGUGUAUCAUCUUAACUCGGUGUUCAAUGUCUAUCGGAUAGGAUUCACACCUCCAAUCCCUGAAAGAUUUUGGCCACCAUAUAAUGGUUCGAUAGUCAUACCCGAUCCCGCCAAGAGACGUGCGUUUGAAGGGCGUUCCAAAACUACUAGGAUCCAGAAUACAAUGGACAAGCCUGACCCGAAUAGACCUAAGAUAUAUGGGCUUUGCAGAUAG